UCAAUCGGUUCUGCUUAAUAGUUUUCAUGAAAAGACUAAAACACUAGUAUACAAUUACACUCAGCUGACGGGUUAUAGAGAGGACGAAGUGGAUUUCAUUGACUUCACUGAUGAUCACAAACGAAAUGUUACAAUAACCAUCAAUCUAUUAAAAGAGGUAACAUUUCAAUAAAUACUCAUCAAUUUACUCCGUAGAAUAAAAAACGUGAAUAUCUAAAUUUGCAACCAUAUCUCUUCACUUUUUGUUAAGAUUUUGAUAAAUGAUGUCUACUGUAACUAUUCAUAUCCUUCAAAAGUAGCAUACCAAUAACUAUGGAAAUGAAACUUUUUAUGACUCUUGUUAGUAUUCUACUUUGAGCUGGAUUCUUAUCCUUCAAGAAGAUAGACUGGAGGAAGACUGUCAACAAAACUCCACUGAGUUGACUAUUGAUUGAAGCUUUUGAAGGCCACAAAGUAUGGUCUUUUAAUAAAACAUCUCGGUGGCAAUGAUGUAGAAUAAUGAAGAAUGAGUAAAAUACAUGAAAUAAUAAAUCAUUAGAUCAGUCAUACAGUGUCUCCAAUCAGUAGGUUAAUUGGAAAUAUUACUGUAUAAACAACAAGUUUUGAGAAGACUGAGAUAGAUCUGAAAGUAAAGCCAGUCGAAGGUAGAUAAUGUGUGGGAAGGUUUACUCAUCAUAACCAUUAGAUUUCAAGGGGUACAUAGUCGAAACGGUUUACUCACACCAGUUGUGUGCGUUUGAGGCUACAAUUCUCAGUGAGAGUUAAAGAAAUUAAGUGGAGGUAUUCGAAGUAUAAUUAUCUUUCAAUGGUAUUGUAAUAUUUGGCAGGAUUAAUUUCAGAACAACAAGGAAAGUUGUGAGAAAUAAAAAGAUAACGAUGAAUUGCAAACUGUGAGACAUCAGCUUAUGCAGUUGGUGAAAUAGAGUACACCUCUUUACAUGCAGUGUUCCAUUUUAUUCUAACAGGAAAAAGAAGGAAGAGUUAUUAUUGACGGUAACAAGCGGGGCAUCUGCAUAGGAGCUCGUAUUCCAAUAAAGGUAGAACAGUUCGAUCAAAAAUACAACGGAGAAUGACAAGCAUAUCAAUAAAUAGUAACAACAAGCGUAUUUCAUAGCAGUUGUCUGUAGAGAAAGGCAAAAGUAAGCGUGUAGUCUUAAAGUUUACGUGGAAUAUUUGGAGUGUACAUCUGCAAUGCAACGAUAUCAUAAUGUAAAACAAUGACAUUACCCUGAACACCUAACCCUUGCCUGUUACCAAACUGAUUCGAACCACUUCAUCCUGUUAAUGAAUAGUCAGUAACAGAAAAUAGUAGUUUACCACUGUUCAACUUAAAUUUGUAUAACUUCAUUAAAUUCGAACUCCAUAUUUACUCCAGUGUAAAACAAUUACGGUGCUGUGAUCGGUUUUGACCUUUCUUUCAACUAGCUGCUAUCACGUCUCUGCAAAAUGACCCAUAGGAAAUGUUUGUUAACAGCUGAAACAGGAUGCUAGAAUAUUGAAAAGUACAACUUUCUCUUGUAAAAAUUUAGUAGUUCAAAACAUUUGUGAACAUUAGUUUACAUAGAAUUUAGAGGGUGAUCUUCUGAUGAGUAAAGACUUGAUAAGUUAGCAUUGGAUAGCUGACUUAGAAACAGCUGGAUCAGAGGCAAAUAAACAAUAGAUUACCUUUCUUUCCUUAAUUUUGUUUCAGCAGGUAAUAUAUUCAUAUUGUUCCCAACUAUUAUUAGAAUUGUUAAAGGAAGUGACUCUCCCAGGCAUUUGUUCGAUUCAAACGUUUCAUUUCACAACUGUGUCAUCUUUAUAAUAACGCUGUGCUCUUUCUGACUUAUCAAUAUUUUACAUUCAUCAGUCAAGUGUAGACUGAUAAAUAGAGCCCAUUCUAGAAAAAAUAAUCAAUUAUAAGGAGGAAAGUAGCUUCUUACGUAAAACUAGCAUUAUAAUUUCCAUCACAUGUUAUUGUACUAUUCUUUUGAUUGUUAGACAGAAAGCAAAAAUUUAUGAACUGACAGCCAUGCCUAGCCAAGCAUAACAAAAUGAGUAAAUUCUAUUAUUUUCUAAACGAGUAUUUUGGACACGAAUAUGAUUGAUCUUAUAUGCCUUGGUCAUCUGUUAGUCAUAUUUCACUGAAAUUAUUGAUGUGAUGCUAUUGAACAAAGCUCAGUAAGAUUAAUCCUAUAAUCAGUCAUCCUGAAAUGAUUGGCAGUAGGUGAUGCUUGAUUUCAACCCAUUUUGUUAAGUAUGGUGGAUCUACGCAAGCGUGAAUAAGCAAAUAUAUAUGCUAUUUUUCAUCUUUCAAUAUAUAACUUAGAUACAGUCGUUCAACUUAAAAAGCUUGUCCGAAUAGACUUGUUUCACGUACUUCUAGAAUAUGAUCUUUUCUCUAAAGUUAUUUUCAGUAGUAUUCAUAUUCUUGAAAUGGUGUUUGAUGGGAUAGAUUCAUAAGUAUUCUGCGUCAGAUUUGAAGAUUUUCAUGACAGUCUCGUAAAAUUGAUCUACCUGAGAGCCUGAUCUAUCUGCAACCUCUUUGUCAGUUAAAGCGACUAAAGCUCUUUGGACUCAUUACACAAGAAAUGAUAUGUUUAGCUCUUUCUUUUAACCUACGUGGCCUGAGUUAAUGUGGUGAUUUAUGAGCAAAUUGUCUUUCUGCUUCAUAUGACUGAGAAUGUUGCCAGUAACUAGACUCAAGCAUGAUCUUAAGUAUAUACAGAUGUCAACUAUAUAACUAGAGGAAGCUAAGAAACAAUGAGCUAUUGUUACGUCGUAGUUUAGCACCUUUCAGUAUUCCGACAACACCAUUUAUGUAAUAGCAGAUGACUUUAUUGCUAAAGAGAAUGCAAAAUCUGUAUCUAAGCAUUCUGAUUCUGCAGAUGACUACCGAAUUACUCACAGAGAGACAUGAGGAUCCCAUUAGCCCAAAAUCCCGUUCAGAAAAUAUGAGGGUAAAUUGCUGUAGAGCACCAUAUGGCAACAAAACAACUGCUAACAGCCGUUUGGUUCUACACUGAUUUUUGGCUUGUAUAUACUUAUACUGUAGACUAUUUUUAAACCAUUCAACUUCUUACCAAUUUUUCAGUUUUUAAGUAAAUCAUCUAUGUAGAUCAUGUUCAUUGUUGUAUUAGUGAACACAAACCAAUGAAGGCAAUCGUUUUGCAGUACUUUGGAAUGUCUUUUCCAUUUUAAUCAUUCGGAGAUGCAUUUUUAAUGUUUUUUACUCUACAUAAUCUUCAGAAGCUAAUGAUUGUUAAUAAUUUUAUCAAGACUGCAGCAUUUGAUGUGAAAUUUCACCAAAUAUACCGAUGAACUUGAGAUACCGAAGACAGGAAUAUCUAGAGCUCCUUGCUGAUGACGACGAUGAUGAUAAUGCGUCGUACUCAACUUAAGCCUCACCUUACCAAAUGCAUGAGAAACAAUACAGUACAACCUAUGAUCUUUCAUAUGCUUGAAUGAGGUUUUAGCGUCACACACUUCUCCAGAAUCAAUAGCCUAGGGUUCGACGAGAUUCAACAUUGAUGCUGACCUUCAUAAUUUUAUCAGACUUGCUAAGCUGAAGACAAACGGUCAAGCACCUACGCCAUUUGGUACACUGUCGUGUUAUGUUGCACUAUUGGCAAUCGAUCCUCUAGUCAGUUAUUUGGAAUGCAUCGGUAUCUUGGCACUAUUUCAGAAGUACACUAUUCCAUUCGACUAGGGUAUUAUGUUCUUCCUUGGUCUCGCAUACUUGGGUAUAUAACAAGUACGCAUAAUUGAUGGUUGACCUCUGUGUCAGUCGAGUUCGAACCAGGACAAUUCCUAAAAGGAACGAUAGUCAGAGAACAAAACGAAUCUCUGGGGAAUAUUUAGAAAAGGAUUCAAAUGAAGACGAGAAUAUUUUGUUGAAUAAAAAUGAGAUAAAAAACAAAAAUGAAGCUGUGAUAAUUUGUAACCUUCUCCGUAUCCUGCGUAAACAAUAACUGUGAGUUAUUCAGAGCAAAAGGAUAAACAAAGUUAGAUUCAGGAAAUAAUAGAUAAUUGAGAAAUGCUAAAAAUUUAUUUGUAAAACUUAACACAGUCUUAUUAAAGACUUACUUUAACUUCAUGUCACGAAAGAGAGGAAUUACAAAACUAAGGAAGCCAAAACGAAACAACCUGCAACACAUUCAUUGUGUACAAACCUUGGGACCAGGUGAUCAACUACACUUGUUAUACAAACGCUGUUUAUACUAACUGGCUACCUAAACCUUCAUUGAUGUGUCGACGGUCAAACUUGUAACUGAUCGUUAGAAACUAUUAGCAUAAUAAUAUAUUUCAACUAAGUGAUGUACUACAAGUUACAGACUGGAAUACGUUUGACAAUAAAGUUUUUGGAGACACUAAGAAUGCAGUUACAUGCCAUUUCAAGUUUUGUUUUGAUAUUUAUUUCCAACUGGGAAAACUAUGUCUACAUUUUGAUCAUCCUUUUUCUUUUGGACUUGAGACUAUAAUGAAAGAAAACGAAAUAUCACAUAAAGUCCAUGAAGAUACUAGUGUUCUUUGACUAAACUGUUACAUAAAGUCAGAAAUUAAACACAUGAGCCUACUAUAUAGUUAAAUGUUGUUAUAUAACAACAUGCGGGAACAUUUUAAGGAUUUUACUGGUAGUGAUCGGCUUAGUAACCAAGUAUGUGAUACUAUCUGCCCACUUGCAUUCUUGAUGAGGGUUUUUA